CUUCGGCUUGCCGUAGACCACCGACAUAUUGUUUGUAAGUAGCAAAUUCUGGAAGAAGGAGAGUGUUAAGAUUAUAGCUUUGCCAUUACCAGUCAACAACGCGUUUAUCAAUAAAGAAAGUACGAUGGAGCCCUCAGCAAGUCCUGCAAAGGAUAAUUUCAGGAUGAACCGCUACAAGAACAAAGCACUCAAUCUGGAGGAGAUGCGUCGGAGACGAGAAGAGGAAGGCGUUCAGCUGAGGAAACAAAAGCGAGAGCAACAGCUGUUUAAGAGGAGAAAUGUAGAGCUACUCGGUGAAGAAGUUGGAAUGUUUGACAGUCCUCUAAUGGACUCCUACGUCACAUCCACCACAUCUCCAGAUGGAGUGAUCACAAGAGAUAUGGUUGAAAUGCUUUUCUCAGAAGAUUCUGAACUACAACUGGUCACAACACAGAGGUUCAGAAAACUGCUCUCCAAAGAACCUAACCCACCUAUUGACGAGGUGAUAAGCACACUAGGGGUUGUAAACAGAUUUGUCGAGUUCCUUCAAAAAAGUACCAACUGCACAUUACAGUUUGAGGCUGCUUGGGCGCUGACCAACAUCGCAUCCGGAACAUCACAGCAGACAAAGUUUGUGAUUGAGGCUGGUGCUGUACCUGUCUUCAUCGAGCUUCUCAACUCGGAGUUUGAAGAUGUACAGGAGCAGGCUGUUUGGGCUUUGGGGAACAUUGCGGGAGACAGUGCAGUGUGCAGAGAUUAUGUGCUAAACUGUAAUAUCCUUCCACCUCUGCUAAUGCUGCUGACCAAAUCAACACGUCUCACAAUGACCAGGAAUGCUGUGUGGGCCUUGUCCAACCUCUGCAGAGGCAAAAGUCCACCCCCAGACUUUGAAAAGGUGUCUCCAUGCCUACCUGUACUGUCCCGUCUGUUGUUCAGCAGUGAUCCAGACCUGCUGGCUGAUGCCUGCUGGGCUCUGUCCUAUCUCUCUGAUGGACCCAACGAGAAGAUCCAGGCAGUUAUUGAUUCAGGGGUCUGCAGGAGGCUGGUGGAACUGCUCAUGCAUUCAGAUUACAAGGUAGCCUCUCCUGCUCUGAGGGCUGUUGGAAACAUUGUAACAGGAGAUGACAUUCAGACGCAGGUGGUGUUGAACUGCUCAGCUCUCCCCUGCCUCCUGCACCUGCUCAGUAGCGCCAAGGAGUCCAUCAGGAAGGAGGCCUGCUGGACCAUCUCCAACAUCACAGCAGGAAACAGAGCCCAGAUUCAGGCAGUAAUAGAUGCAAACAUCUUCCCCGUCCUGAUAGAAAUCCUACAGAAAGCAGAAUUCCGCACCAGGAAGGAGGCAGCGUGGGCAAUCACUAAUGCCACAUCGGGUGGCACGCCCGAACAGAUCAGGUAUCUAGUGAAUUUGGCCUGCAUUAAGCCUCUGUGUGAUCUGUUGACGGUGAUGGACUCUAAGAUCGUGCUCGUGGCUCUAAACGGACUGGAGAACAUUCUCAGACUGGGCGAGCAGGAGGCCAAACAGAACGGCAGUGGCAUCAACCCUUACUGCAGUCUCAUAGAGGAGGCUUAUGGGUUGGACAAGAUUGAAUUCCUACAGAGUCAUGAAAAUCAGGAGAUCUACCAGAAAGCUUUUGACCUCAUUGAGCACUACUUUGGAGUAGAAGAGGAGGAUGCCAGUCUGGCCCCACAGGUGGAUGAGAACCAGGAGCAGUUCCUUUUCCCCCAACAGGAGGCCCCCAUGGAGGGUUUCCAGCUAUAAGCAGCCUUCAGACUCUUACCGGCCACCCCCUGACCUUUACACCCUUCCCUGCACCCCAUACCGGUACUAUAUCAUACGUCUGAAACACUCUGAGCGCAACGGUUGACAUCCGGGUGAACCAAAUUGGCGACCUUGACCCAGACUGAUUUAUUUAGGCACUGAGAGGUGUGUUUCAUGCAGAGGAAUGUUUCCACUGCCUCGUUACACCCGAGAGAGGUUCAUGAGCUGGACUUUAUUUUUGUUUUUCUUUCACCUCUUAGUGAUGCAGCUAAAUAACCUUCCCCCUUAGGUAGAAAUCGUGGCACUGUCUCAUUUUUGGGGGGGAAGUUUGCUUCAGUUUUUCCCCUUUCUCUGAAAGAUGAGAGAAUUGUUUACUCAUCCAAUUGAAAUUGGAAAAUCCUGAUCUUCAUCUUUUUCCUUAUGAUCUUGGUUUGAUUUUCAUCAUUUUCAUUGAGUUUUGCAUUGUAGAAUUUCCUUGCUUUUGUUCACAUUUCAUAUCCUGGUAAUUAAACAAGCCUGGUUUGGUUUGAAAUGCCCAUGCUUGAUAGACGAAACUCUACAGUGGUAUCUGCGGAUGCGUCUUUUUUUUUUUUUUUUUUUUUUUUUUUAAGAAGGAUUUAAGCGCUCCUCAUGGACUUCCAAAAGUCAUUUCAUUUCUCUUAUUAUUGUUCUUCGUUGACUUUAUCAUUUCAGACCAUGCUGGGUGUGGAAAUGACAAUUUAAUUAAAGUUUAUUUGAUGUGGUGGAGGGUGCUAUUGAAAUAAUCCAGGUAUUUUAGUAAAGGAGUAUCCUAAAAUAAGAAGUCAUUACCGUUAAGGGAUAGUUCAACUAAAAAUUAGAAUUCUGUCAUCAUUUACUCAACCUCAUCAACAUACUUCCUAAAACUCAAAAGUAGAUGCAAGGCAGUGAGCAAGUCAGAAGGGUUUGGAUUGACGUUAGGGUGAAUAAAUGAUUACAGAAUGAAGGGGGAAUAACUGGUAAGGUGACUAAAGGGGCCCAGAGAGCCUGAAUAUCUAGUUGUGGACUGUUCGUGGUAUGCAGUGUUAUGAAUAACUUAUCUUUUGAUCUGAAGGCUUUAAUUAUGAAAUGCGAUCUGGGUGAAAUAAACGCAUAUCUGAGGGCCAGGGUGACGCACAUGAUUUUUAGUGUGUUUUUACACACUGAGAGUCUUAAUUUAGUUUUUCUUUGUCAUUAAGUAGAGCAUUGUACUUUUGGGUGGUUCUGAUAGUGUGAAGGUGUUUGUUUUGUGCAGCCCUCAGUAUGUGCAUGUUUGAGUUUUGCAUGGCGUUCUAUUGGUAUACCAACUAUCGUUUUUGUAUCCCUUGCCAGAUAUUCAAAACGGCUCAUUAAACGACUUUUUUUUUUUUUUUUGCCAGUAGUCAUAUAAUUUGGGAAUAGUUCAAGGUUUUGUAGUUUUGCAGGUGCCGUUGGUAUGGCAAGGAGUACAUAUUUAAAUAAUGAAUAAGAAAAAAUAUGGGCAGAAAAUAUUUGAAUAUAAAGUUAUAUUUGCACACACUUUGCACACAUGCAUACACUUCAUAAACAUUUACACAUACAGAUUUGAGCAUAAAACCAAGGGGAAAAUUACUUCCAUAGUCUCUAAACAUCUCUGUAUCUUUUCUUUUUUUCAUAUGUUUAUGUUGUUCUACCUUUUGGCACUUUGUGUUGAUGCACUAAAAGCCUAGUUUAAAAAGAUAACCUGCUGAGAAAUAGACCUUUUCCAAACAAACACACCUUGGUUAAUUUCCCAUAGGAAAAGCUUGAUGUAGGACUGAACAGUGGCUAAGGAAUUUAAACAGAGGGCAUGAAAAAGUUUGGAUAUUAAACUCUACCCCCAAGCUCUUUCUAAAUUGACCGUGGUUUAUGUCUCUAAGGAAAAUAAAAACUGUUAGUUUUAUAUGCCAUUAUGGAAGUAUUUUUCAUCUACAUCCAUAAUAUACUGACUAAAGAGUGCUUUUCUGAGUGAAUGGGAGGGGUUAUUUGAUUCGGGAUGGGGUCUGGAUCUAUGAAAACAUAGUAAGACAUUGACUGAUGGAUGAUGUGUGAGGAGAAGGAAAGAGAUGUAGUUCUUUGCUCAUGUCAGCAGCUAGCAUCUGAUCUUUAGAGUGUGACUUUCUGGCUUUGGUGCAGUUUUUUGUUCUAUAUUUUGGUUGACUAAUAUGAAGUCUGACUAAUAUGAUUGUUCUUCUAUAAGAUGUCAAUCUAGGGUGAUUUAUGAUCUUGAUUCAUGACAGAAGCUAUCCAUACUAAUUUCAGUUCAAGAACCUUUUUGAAAUUGACAUUUGAUUAUAAUAUUUUUGUAAUAUCUGAUGUAAUUCCAUACAGGUUUUUUGUUUUUUUAUUAUUGGUAUAAAUUAUUGCAUUU